CCUGGAUUGGCAAUACGAAUAAUUUGUGCCGAUCGCCCGUAUAUUUUGGAUGCGGAAUUAUUCAAUGCGACGCAACAGAAUUUAAACGCAAUCGCUAAUUUAGCACAUUGUGAUGAGGAGUCGGACGAAUAUAACGCAAUAUCACAAAACUUAUCGUCGGUUGAAUUGGACGCAUUAUGUGAUCAUGAUUUUGAGAUUGCCACAACGCUCCUUCCCAUUCAAACUGUUGGUGUUCAAGGUGACGGUCGUACAUAUUCGUAUGUGGCGGCACUGUCCACAAGUGAACGACCCAUUCCUUGGGUAACACUGGAGAGAUUGGCAAGGAUCAUACCCAGAUUACUUCAUAAUAUCAAUAGGGUGGUUUAUGUGUUCGGCGAUGCGGUAGAAUUUCCAAUAAGUGAUGUGACUCGAACGUAUCUGAACGAAAUGAUCGUAGAACGCUUGCAAUGGGCAGAUCGAAUCGCGAGUCAGGUGCUGAAUGGGCUAGAUGAAGACUCGAUGAAAGAUCCGUCGUUGGAAAAUUGCGUUCAUAGGAUUCAACAGGUUAAUUUCUUCAUAUUUUCCUCUCGAUCGCAUAAGAUGGUAUUGACCAAGUGUUGCGAUUAG